CAUUUGGGGUCGCUUAACUUGCUUUCGGAUUUGCCGUGGUCAUGACUGGUUCCGGCGACUUGGGUUUCCUCCGCUUCCCGUAGAAUGAAGACACGAAAAUAGCAUGAGCGCAAGUUAACCUCGAUUGUCUGCGGUAGACCAAAGCCUGAGUAAUGGUCGCCCCGAAGUUGCAAGAGCGACAAGAGGAUGAUCUUCCUGACAAGGAUGUUGCUAAAGAGUUCUACGCCAAGUAUGAGCCGAAAGAGAUUCUGGGAAGGGGGAUAAGUAGUACAGUGAGACGAUGCAUCAACAAGGAAACCGGCGAGGAGUUUGCUGCAAAAAUUAUCGACAUUAGCUCCGAUACUGAUGGGUCAGGGCCAACAAGUCUCUAUCAGGCAACGAAAAGGGAAAUCGAUGUGCUGAAGAGAGUGGCUGGUCACCCCUACAUUAUUGAGCUGCAUGAUGUGUUUGAAUCCACAACAUUCAUUUUCUUGGUGUUGGAGCUAUGCCGGCAUGGGGAACUGUUCGACUACCUUACUAGUGUUGUUGCUCUUUCGGAGAAGAAGACCAAGAGCAUCAUGAAGCAACUUUUUGAAGCUGUUGAGUUCAUACAUUCAAAAGGCAUUGUUCAUCGAGACCUAAAACCAGAAAACAUCCUUCUAGAUGAUGAUUUGAAUGUCAAGGUCACUGACUUUGGCUUUGCCACCCAGCUGGCAGAGGGUGAAACUUUGACAGAGCUCUGUGGUACACCUGGUUACCUGGCACCUGAGCUGCUGAAGGCAUCUAUGUAUGAAAGCUCAGAGGGUUAUGACAAGCAGGUUGACAUUUGGGCUUGUGGAGUCAUCAUGUAUACGCUGCUGGUGGGCUUUCCACCAUUCUGGCACAGGAAGCAGAUGGUGAUGCUUCGCAACAUUAUGGAAGGAAAAUACGAGUUUUGUAGCCCCGAGUGGGAUGACAUCACUGAAGCCCCUAAAGACUUGAUCAGCAAGCUGCUGGUUGUUGAUCCGAAAAAACGCCUCACAGCUGCACAAGCCCUGGAUCAUUGCUUCUUCAAGGCUGUUAAACGUGCAUCUGUUUUCGUCACCGAAGAUGUGGCAAUACAAAAGCGGGCCUUUAAUGCAAGAAAAACUUUUCAGUUUGGCAUCCUUUGUGUCAGAGCACUGGUACGGAUUCGACGGCUACGAUACACGCCGGAGCCACUGUCUCUGAAUAUUGCACGAACCAACCCGUACCGUAUUAAGACACUGCGAAAGGUGAUUGAUGGCUGUGCCUUCAGAGUUUACUGUCACUGGGUCAAGAAAGGAGAAAUGCAGAACCGUGCUGCCCUGUUCGAGAAUCACCCAAAGAUUGAGCUGCGGCAAAUGUACGAAGAGACGCAGGUGGCUGCCUGAGGAUUUUGUUAGCUGGCUCCGCUUGUCCAAGCAUUUCCACGUGACGGCACAGUGUGUGUCCGUUGUGUCCCUAUCCCUGUACAUACUAGGCCACUGAAAAGGAGAUAUGGCAUUGCCUAGCAAGCAUUGUAAUGGCCCCAUUUCCUUUAGAGAUGUGUUACUUGCACAUGCACUCACUUGCCUAAUUAACGAAAAAUGCAGAAUUUCUUUUUAAAUUGAUUAGUUUGUAUAGAACCCUGUACAAAGUAAGCUGUUAACAUCAACUAUCCAGUGAGGAGGGUGCCCCAGACAUUGAUGGAAUGAAAUAAAGUGGUACAAUCUGAAUUUUUUACCUAGCAGUGGCUUGCUUUAGGGCCAUGUGAUUCGCUAAAUAGAUACCUUUAGCUUAACAUUUGGAAAGUCUGCAAAACAUCCCACAUCAGAAUGUUAUUUGCUUAUCAUAGUUGCGAUGACUAACUUGUGCUCUCGACCAUGCCCCAAGUCAAAAUAUCCCUGCAUGAUGUAAUUCAUCGCUUCUGUGUGCAAGUGAGCCCGAAUAUACUGGGCAGAACCUGAUGCUUUACUGAGAAAACAUCAUGAAAUCGACAAUUCUGGCAUCUACUCGUGCAAUGCAUCAAAAGUGAAGUGUGCUUUCUUUCUCACAAUUGGAACUACUUUGCUCUGGGAAGCUAACAGGAUCUCUACAUCGUAUGUGUGUCUGAUUGACUGAGUGCUUGAGAGGCAUGUUAAAUAAAUACAUGCUCAUAAAAUUAUGCCGCA